UUCUGAUUAUCAUCAAUGCUGCUGGAUGUUUUAGUGGGAUUUCCAGGUGUUUCCUUGACUGCAGUGUCGCAGCAGGAGGAGCGUCCGAUAAGACAGAUCCUGUAUCUGGGGAACCUGCUGGAGACGUGCCACUUCCAGAGCUUCUGGGCCAGUCUGGAGGAGAACCGAGAUCUCAUUGAUGGAAUCACAGGAUUUGAGGACUCAGUGCGGAAAUUCAUCUGUCACGUCGUGGGAAUCACGUAUCAGAACAUCGAGUACCGGCUGCUGGCUGAGAUGCUGGGAGAUCCUCUGGACACACAGGUGAAGGUCUGGAUGAAUAAGUACGGCUGGACGGAGAAUGAAGAUGGACAGAUAUUCAUUCAUAACCAGGAGGAGAGCGUCAAGCCCAAGAACAUCGUGGAAAAAAUCGACUUUGAGAGUGUGUCCAGCAUCAUGGCGACGUCACAGUGAACACACACACACACACACUCCAUCUCAUGCCUGAGUUUCCUCUUGAUUUAAUUUUACUAUAAAGUCAUUUC